AGACGGUCAUACACCUCAUACCUGGAUUUUUGAAGAUAGGGAAUGAGCCAAUCAGAAGCUCAACAUCUCCACGUGUCACUUAUUCAUUCAGUAUCUGUCAUCAAGAAAGAGAAAAUCGGUGUGGAUAGCAGAACAGGAGGAACACAAAAACCUUCGCAACAAAACUCGGACUCGAGAGACAGGACUUGUUUCUGCGGCCAAAUGGCGACGGCUUAUUCGGCGGCAGCUUCCACUUCCAUGGCGGCAACUGCUGUCUUGAUACCCCGUCUCGCAACUACCACCCACUGCUCUGCUUUACCGUACCUACCACCGCGCUUGUCCUCUUUGGCUUUUUCCACUUCCUUCAAAAAGUUUUCAGAGUCCCAGAGGUCUUCUUUGCUCCAGGUGAAAGCCACUUCGUCAGAAGAGACAUCCACUCCUAUUGAUACUGAUGAGUUGUUCAACGAUAUAAAGGAGAAGUGGGAUGCAGUUGAAAACAAGUCUACAGUACUUCUCUAUGGAGGUGGAGCGAUUGUUGCAGUUUGGCUAUCUUCCAUUGUUAUUGGUGCAGUGAACUCAGUCCCUUUGCUUCCAAAGAUCCUGGAGUUGGUAGGGCUUGGAUAUACUGGAUGGUUUGUCUACCGAUACCUUCUCUUCAAGUCAAGUAGAAAAGAACUGGCCACGGACGUUGAAGCUUUAAAGAAGAAGAUCACAGGAACUGAAUAAAUGCACAAUUGGUGCCAAAUUGUCUUAUAUUAUAUCGGUUCAAAUUUGUUUUAUGAGUUUCAUGUAUAAGAGGCCUAUGGUCUUGUAAUGUAGAAUAGGUCUUCUAUAUAUUCUACUCUCCUUAUCUUGUAAAAUCUCAUCUUUGUUACAGUGUGUGGCAAUUUAAUUUAACAUUGUUCCGGGUUAUGUAUAAUCGGUAUAAUUGAUUUUGUGUCAGUUGCAUGAGGAGUCUUUCUGUGAUUUUAGCUUAACAACCACUUCUGAGUACCUUUCUAUGGUGCUAACCUGCUAUUAUCACACCACCAGCCUUAUUGCUAGUGUUUUUGGCCU